AAUAUAUUUUGAGGCGGUGGAGAAAAGAUGUUCAUAGAAAACAUACGAGGGUUAAGGUGGCUUAUCACGACCCUUCGAAAACAGAUGAGGUUCGUAGAUAUGAUUAUAUUUUUGACAAAUUUGUUCCAAUUUGUGAGAAGGCUUCAAAGUAUGAGGAGAAUAUUGCUGUUGUAGUAGAAAUGUUUGACCUCAUGAACUUGCGGGUUGAGGAGACAAGUGCCAUGGUAAUGAGGCGGAUGCUUGAAGGGGAUAUAGAUAUGACUCCCAAUUCUGUGGUUAAGCAGAAGAAUAACGAGUUUGGUCUCCAUCUGUGGGUCAAAAUGGGAAGAAGAAGAAGGGGAAAGUUGCUGUGGAUGCACCAUUGCAUAAUGUGAAAGAUCCACCUUGCAAGAAGGUUGCACAUCGAACUCGAGGUAUGCGGUAUGUAUCUGUUGCAGAAGAAGCGAAGAGAAAGAUAGCUUCGAAAUCUAAGGCAAGCAAGUCGAGGGCGGCCAAGAGACCUAGGAGGAAGAAGGUUGAUUUGAAUGUCGCAGUUGCUACACCGAGGUGUAAGGAGCUGAACUUGAAUGGUGUAGGCGAAGGAGAAUGUUCAGGAAUGACGGCUACACCAAGUGCGGGGCCACAGGAGAUAAAUAUGGAGGAUCCAGAUUUUCCUAUCUCCGUUGGAGGUAUUGAGUUGGUUGAUGGAGAUGGUUCUAUAGGAUAUUUUACACGAUUGUUAGGUAGUCGCGAUGGUGAAACAAGUAGAUCGUACGUUGGUUCGAAUGAUAUGCUUGAGUUGAGCAUUGGAAGAAUGUGAAGAAAUGUGGUUUGAAGUUAUGUAAAAUUUAUGGAUGACAAAAAGCUGUAAUGUGGUCACUAAAAUGUGGUUAUAUUUAUAAUCUUAAUUUUUGGCAUCAAAUAGAAUUAUGUUUUGUUAUAUAGCUUGCUUAGAAGUGACAACAUUGAAUAUUAUGUGAUACUUUCAUUCACUAUUUUGGGAGGAUGUUACGAAAAUCUAGUUCAUGAGUGUAAUUUAUGUGACUAUUUAGAGUGUAA